GCGCAUCUUCACAUCGUCCCAACUCCACCACCUGUACCGCGUGGUUCGGCUCCGCGCUAAAGCAUGUUUAUGACAUAAAUUUCCCUUAAAGGGCCAGUUUUCCCCGUGAAGAGCCCCGUUCGCCCUUCCGACCCUCCGGCCGAACCCGUUUCCCGCUUUCCACAGCCCGGAGGGCCCCGGUUGCAGUCCAUUAAUCGAAAAUGACCGCACAGGAAAACGACUGCCAUGAUUGAUUCCGAGCGUCGUUGCAAAGAUGAACAAGUAGAAAAGUUUUGAUGAUAUGUGGGAUAUUUAGCAAGAAAUCAGCAGUGAAGUGUGUUCAUAAUGGUUGUGGAUGUACCUUUGAGGAGUUUCCAACACAAAAUGCAACAACCUGCUGGGAUGAAUCCACGCGAACUGUCAGAAAACGACGACUGGGCCACUUCGCUUGUUCUCGAUCCUCAUCUGGGUUUCACCACGCACAAGAUGAACAUCAGGUACAGGCCGAUCAAGGCGAACACCUCGGAGCUUAAGAGUAUUGUGGUGGAGUUCGUACGGACGCAGAAUUAUGACAGAGCCUACAACAGUAUUGCCAAGGGGGAGUGGAUGCCCAAGAUCAAGUCCAAAAUCCAGCAGAAUAAGCUCAAAGAGCACGCAACCCGCAUUGGCGACGUGCGCGCCACAGAAACGGUUGCAUACGCACCAGGCGAAAAGGCUUUCCGGCGCAUGUGA